CUGUGUGCAUUUGGCUUGUGCGUAUAAAAAACUUCAAAACCACACGCCAUUUUGUAAUGGUGGAAUGUGGUAGCUUGUCCUAGUUACAUAUUGUUGUUAAAUAUAUAUUUUUUUGAUAUUUUCUAGUGUUGAGUUGAAAUAAGGCAAAAAAAUACAAAAUGACAGCCCACGAUCAGAUGAGGGCUAUGUUAGAUCAGCUUAUGGGAACAGGAAGAAAUGGUGAAAGUAACAAAUUCCAUGUUAAGUUCAAUGAUACCAGAGUGUGCAAAUCAUUUUUGCUCAGUUGCUGUCCCCACGAGAUUUUAUCUUCCACACGAAUGGAUCUGGGUGAAUGCCCAAAAAUACACGAUUUGGCGCUGCGAGCAGAUUUUGACAAGGCCCAGCAAUCCAAGGACUACUUCUAUGAUUUAGAUGCAAUGGAACAUUUGCAAGCGUUCAUAGGCGAUUGCGACAGACGUACCGAGUCAGCUAAGCAACGUUUGGCGGAAACCCAAGAAGAACUGUCAGCCGAGGUGGCCGUCAAGGCUAACAGCGUUCACGAACUAGCAGAGCAAAUUGGUCAAAAAUUAGCUAAAGCCGAACAGUUGGGAGAAGAAGGAUUUGUCGAUGAGAGCAUGAAGCUUAUGGGAGAGGUGGAAGAACUAAGGAAAAAGAAGCUAGACGCCGAACAGGAGUACCGCAACUCGAUGCCGGCCAGCAGCUACCAACAACAAAAAUUGCGAGUAUGUGAAGUGUGUUCAGCCUACCUCGGUAUUCACGAUAAUGACCGACGGUUAGCGGAUCAUUUCGGAGGUAAACUUCAUCUAGGGUUCAUCAAAAUCAGAGAAAAACUGGCAGAUUUAGAGAAAAAUUCAGAAAAACGUAAAGAAGAAAAGAAAAAAUCUGGCAGGGACCGAGAUCGCGAAGAGAGAGACGACCGCUACGAUCGACGAUACAGAGAACAUUACGUUGGUGGUAGAGAAUUGGACAGAAGAUCUAAAAGACAUCGGUCUAGGUCGAAGGAUCGCAAAGACAGAGAGCGCAAAGAUAAGGAUAAAAGCAGAAGCAGUCGAUACAGGUCAAGGUCUAGAAGCCGUGACCGCGAUCGCAGCCGCAGAUCCCGCUCACGCCAUUCAAGUUCAAGCGACAAAAAAAGGGAUAGAGAUAGAGAUUAAUAGGACAGUAAUUUAUAAUUCGUAUUAAGCGUUUUUGAGAAAGAUGCCGAAAAAUGUAUACACAACGGUUUGAUGUUCAGAGUACCACUUCAGUGAUGGCAUCGAUAUUUUGUAUUGUACAAAGCUGUCCUGAUCGAGCUUCAUUGGCACUAGAGUGACCCGCAUUAGUCUUGAAUUUAUUGACACUAAAAAUUUUUCACCAAAUCAGUAGUUUACACUGCAUAAUAUGCUCUCAUAUAUUUCUUAAUGUAAUAUUACAUUUUAUAUCUCAAUAUUACAUUUCCAAAAUACAUUAUUGAGCAGAUUAUGCCACUCUUGUAGUCUUUUAUUCUUCUUUUUGAUUGCUUAAUUGAGGUAUUCACCACUUGUAGCCUCCACAUAGCUCAUAUUUGCCUUAAAUGAAAGUUUCUUUAAACCAGAUUCAAUAUCAAACCAUUGUGUGUAGAUGUUUUACUGUUAUAUUGGAAUAAUAUUUUAAUUAUUCGUUGUUUCUUUCUCGAAAGUAAAAUCACUAGAUUGUUCUUGUGUGGUUUCUAAAAAAACAGAACUGCAAUUAAAUAAAUAGAUGAACCUUCAUUUUAAACAAUAUUAUCUCUUCCUUUUUACGCAAUUCGCCACAAUAAUAUAAUAUAUACCAAAAAGGUCUGUAAUUAUUUAUGUGAUUGUAUCAUAUGAGUAACAUUAUUAUGUAAUUUCCCAUGUUAUAUAACUUCCUACAGAAACAUAAACCGAAAAAUCACUAAGUUCUUUAUCUAUCUUUUCGUGUAGUAUGAUAUAAAAAUAAAGUUGUAGAUAUUAUUUUAGAUAAGUUUAUUGAUGUUAUAAUCGUAAUGCUUUCAAAUAAAUAUUAAGGGAAAA